AUGACGAUAUACGUAAUUCUGACAACUAAAGGCCCAGUUCUGCUUAAUAAAGAAGAAAAUGGACUUGGCCGAGCUGUCUUUGCUGGGAAUGAAUAUAGUGUGCCUUUUGAUAGUACAGAGAAUUCAGAUACUGAAUCUAGUGGAGCUUCUAUGGCUGCCUAUGCGGCAAUGCGUAUUAUCCAGGCACAGAGUAUUGGCCGGUCCUCGCAUAAGAAGAAGUUACUAAAGAUCACUGCUUUGAAACCGGCUGAUAAAGCAGCUCAAGUUACUUCUCGCCACCCACCAAGCACGGGUAUUGCCGACUUGUUGAUUUCGGGACUUUCGCAUAUGUUUCGAUCAAAGAUCCUGGGUAAGAAGAAGAAGAUUUCGGCUAAUGAUGCGUAUGCCGAGGGAUUGUUCUCGUCCGAUUCGACUGCUCUUAAACGGUCGAAACUAAUUGAACCUCUGGCCGUCUUUGAAACAGAGACACCAGAAGAACUCUUUACAACUAAGUACUCAAUUGUUCUUCAUGAAGAGACUGAAGUAGUUGUGGCACCUCCAGUUUCUGAGAUAGAAACGUCGGUUAAGGACUCGGGUAUUCUGGCGGGCUUUGAACAGAACUUCUUUGCUAGUGAGCUGUCCUUUAUUCGUCGCCUAGUCCAGAGCAAACAAUGCAUUCAAGAGAUUGGAAAGUGGUUGUACAAUAUUGAUCAUACGGCGAUCUUUUCCAGUUUAUUACAUGCUAUUGAGAUGUUCUUUGCGGCCUUCGCUAACUCAGUCUUACGAGCCUUACCCCAGGAAGUCUUAGGUGCUGAUGUGGACUUGUACGUGGCCAAAGAGGCUUCUGCGGACUAUGCGGCCAUGAUUUAUACUGGACUGGCUAAGCAGGAGGCGGCUGCUCGGUUGGUGGAGGCAAUGGGCCGGUUAGAGGGUAAAAAAGGUGUCUUUGCGGACUUACAGCUAAGUUUUGGUGAUUACUUAUCAGAGAUUGCACGGGUAUUGUACUCGCCGGAAUUUAUCAAGUACAUUCGUUCAGUUGAAGAUAGUAUAGCUCGGUAUAGAAGUGCAGGCUGCCCUGAAAUUGCAGCGGCAGAAAGGAAGUUCCAAUGUAAUCUUUGCUUCUUGUUUGUGGAUCUGUACCAUCGAGUGAUCAAAUACAAGAUGUACACUGAGGAGGCCAUUAAGUGCUUGAAGAAACAAUCGGCUUUUUAUGAAGCGGCUAGUCUGACUAUGCACAUGAACCGUUUGGAUGAACUACUUAAGGCCGCCGAACGCUUUAAAAAGAUCCAUGCUCUUAAUGCCGCUGGUGUAGUCUUUCCAGAUUGUGCUGAUGAUUUUGUGGAUUCUUUUGAGCUGACUAAUGGGGUGGUUAUUAUUACUAGGACUCAGUUGUUGUUUGCCUUUGGUGGACAUAUUACGGCGGUAGUUGAUAAGAAAGAGGUGGUGGCUUUGGCUCCUGAGAAUACGGAUGAAGAGCCUAGUGAGUACUUGGACCUGGCCCUUUCUUGUCUCUAUCCGCCUAUGUCUGGGUUUGUGGUUGAUUGUGUGAAUGGCCGGCGAGUGCACUGGGUGCGGUUGCACUUCCGCUGGGAUGGAUAUGUGAACCGAUUCAUUGCCGCUUGUAAGGAUAGGAAUGUUUCGAAUAUUUCGGGUUUGGACUUGCGGUUACAUGAGAAAAGUGUGCAAGUAAAUCGGCUCUUGCGCCCGCAGCUGCCUAGAGCUGAUGUACGUGAUAGUCACCGCCGUAUGUUGUCCAUUCGAGCUGCCCGUAAGAUCGUGCGGACUUUUGAUGCGUAUGACUUUGGGCUGUAUAGGCGACUGCCAGAAGAAGAGCUGUUUCAUAUUAAAGCAAUCUUGGACUCGAUGCUAGCCACUUGUGCGGCUUCAGUGGCCUGUCCUGGUUCGAAUCCGGAUGCAAAUGUCUUUGAACGGGAUCUGGCUAGUGAGAUUAUUAAAGUAGUUGAUGCUCAUGUGGUAAAUCCAGAAGGCGAUGCACUUACUAUGCUGCCGGCCUAUAAUGUUACUGUUUCUGAAAUGGCUCGGGUUUGUGUGGAGUAUUUAGGAUACAUUCUGCGAGUAAUGGACCCUCAAGACUUCCGGCUUUACUCGAAGGCGGCCAUGGGAGUGAUGCGGGGUAUGUGCCAGCUGAAGGAUGCAACGUUAUCUAAUGAUGAAUUUCUGAAUUUGGCGGCAGGAUGCGUGUGCACUCCGACCUCACUAAAUCGCAAUGAGUUUUUACUCUCUCUCGUAACUAUCCGGGUUUUACUGAUAAUUGCUCCUGAGAUAGGUUCAGCGGGCUAUCUGUCUGUUUGUGCUCCUUUAUUUAUCUUUAACUCUCGGGACCUUCUAGCACUGCUCUAG